UCACAAAAACAAACGUGUGUGUGUGUCUGUGUGUUCACUUUCAGACUUUUACAAGCCUGUAUUUGGGUCGUUUACUUUUAAGUAAUAUAAUUAUUCAUAGAAGCAGUACAUUAAUCUCUCCAACCAAAACAUACAUGGACUGCCCACGGACAAGCACUAUUUGUAUUAGGCACAAAAGCCCUCUUCCAAAGCCCCGGUGCUAAUCAUAGGAGAUGGGAAAUCUAGAUUUUUUAAUAAUCUGCCACAUUAGGCCACAUGUUGUUUUUGCUAUUAUUGUUAAUUACAUAUUUAACUGACCCCAAAUAUCAAGCUAAAUAAUGAUAAUAAAAAUUAUUGUUUUAUAUAAUCGUUCACACAACCCCUUCCUAAGGGAAAGAUAGCCUAUUAUAUGCCGCAAAGUGUUCCGAACUUUCAGUUGUCAGGCUCUAAAUUACAACAAUAACACAUUACUCCAAAUACAUCGUCCAUAACAUAACAUGACAAAGCAAUACUCUACAUCAUAACAAUAACACAAACGCAUACACGCAGCCGUUGUGUUGUUGUCAGUCCGUGACCAGUCAGUGACGUGCAGAGAGAGGGAGAGAGAUGUUAGAGCAUCACCAACAUUAAGCCCAGCAUGAUGAGAGACGCGUCUCACCAUAAACAUGUGUGAAGGGUUUUAGAGGUUCGUCUGACUUCAGCAAACCUCUCUGUGAUGAGAUACAUGCUGAUGAACAUUUGCGUGCAUCGCGCUUUAUCAGAGAAGAACUGAAGAGAAGAACGCGCGCUACACAGGCACGUCUCAGCGCAGCUCCUGAUUUCUGCAGCUUGCACCCCCUGUUGAUGUGAAAGAUGAGUUUGUGUGGCAGAAAGGCACUGACACUCCUCAGCAGUGUGUUUGCUGUGUGUAGUCUGGGGCUGCUGGGCAUUGCUGUCAGCACUGACUACUGGCUCUACCUGGAAGAGGGGGUCAUCCUGCCUCUCAAUCAGAGCACUGAAAUUCGUAUGUCUCUCCAUUCAGGGCUCUGGAGGGUCUGUUUUCUUGCAGAGUUCCCAGCCCCAGCUCGAGUGUUACCAACUGUUAAAUCAGGAGAGGAGAAGGGUCGCUGCUUCACUAUAGAGUAUGUGAUGCCCAUGAAUGUUCAGAUGACAUCAGAGUCUACGGCCAGCGUUUUGAAAAUGAUCCGCUCUGCCACUCCUUUUCCACUGGUCAGUCUAUUCUUCAUGUUCAUUGGCUUUGUGCUGAGUAAUAUUGGACACAUCCGUCCUCAACGCACUAUUCUGGCCUUCAUCUCUGGAAUCUUCUUUAUCCUGUCAGGUCUGUCCCUGGUGGUUGGUCUGGUCUUGUAUAUAUCCAGUAUUAAUGAUGAGAUGUUGAACAGAACGAAAACGAAUGAAGCUUAUUUCAGUUAUAAAUAUGGCUGGUCUUUUGCUUUUGCUGCAGUCUCCUUCCUGCUUACUGAGGCAGCAGGUGUGAUGUCUGUCUACCUGUUUAUGAAACGAUACACUGCAGAGGAGAUGUACAGGCCACACCCGGGUUUCUACAGACCACGCCUCAGUAACUGUUCUGACUAUUCUGGUCAGUUCCUGCAUCCAGAUGCCAGGGCUCGUGGACGCAGCCCCUCAGACAUCUCCAGUGUAGCAUCCCUCCAAAUGAAUUCAAACUACCCUGCCCUCCUCAAGUGUCCUGACUAUGAUCAGAUGUCUUCAUCGCCCUGUUGAGAUAGCAAAUACACAUUAGUGAUAUCUGAGAAGGAGAGAGCUCUACAGCUAAUUCUCGAAGAUGCUGUGUCCAGAAAUGGCUUUGGCACUGGAGAUCAUGUGUGUUUGGACGUUAUUUACUUGUCUUUGAGAGGUUUCAGUACCAGUGCAGUUUUUUUUGAGUUUAAUACAUCAGUUGAUGGUAUCAUGUUAUUUGCAGUGCACUGCACUGAUGUGCAGCAAAUAGUAGUUAUCUCUGCCUUUUUCUUAAAGGUGUGGGUUUUAUUUUAGAAUAUUUUCAUUCAAACAGUUAGUUGGUUCUUUGCAAUUUUUUAAUCAAAACUGCAGUUUUAAUU